CCCGGUUUAAUAAAAAACUACAAAACACGACUGUAGUCGCGCGACUGUGCGGUCAACCGACGGUUGUCGUCCGCCAACUGACAAAUUGUCGCGUACACGGAGAAAUUUCCCGCGACUGUGGUCGCACGACUGUGUGGUCAGUCGACUGCGGUCGUGGUAGUCGCUAUUUUUAGAAAUUUAUCACUUCCGCCAUCAACAUCCGCAGGUGAAAAUACACUCGAAAAAUGGAAGAAGAAGACAUGAACGAGUCCAGUCAGUGCCAUUCUUGGUCAAAAAAAGAGAUUGAUAUACUAUUAGAGCUUGUUAUUGAGAACAAGAACCUGUUGGAGGGAAAACACGGGCCGUCGGUGACCGAGGCAAACAAGCGAAAAAAGUGGCAGGAGAUUGUGUCAGCCAUAAACGCGUGUGGGGUGGCAUUGAGGACAGUGGACACGUGUAAGAAAAAGCUACGUGACCUAAAGAAAAAUGCACGAGACUACCUCAACAGUUUUAAAGUGCCAAAGACUGGAGGCGGAAAAGAAAAGAAAAAACUUUGGUAUUAUGAUGUUGUGUUGGACCACAUCAUUGGCAGAGAUUCGCCCUUCCUACAUGGUAUUGCAGAUGGUGUUAAAGCAGGGAUUAAUGGUCUGUUUGGGAGCGAAGAACCCAAGAGAAAAAACGAAACAAGUGGGGACUGCAUUGACACCCUCAAUGAACAGUGCAAGAGGCAAAAAAGUGAGGAGAAUCACAAUCAAAUUAAUUAUGUUCACCAAAGCCAAGUUCUUCAGGAUGUUGAUGCUGAGAUUGGCCAGCCAGCACAGCUGCAGAAGACAGACGUCUGUAUGACUGUUGAUGUCUACGCUGGUAGUCGUAGAGGCACAGGCAGUAUCUGCACAUCACGCAGUUCUUGUACGAACACAGCAGACAGUCCACUGAACAGCACAAGAAUAUCAAGAGAUGCCACCAGUACCUGUGAUACUUUGUGGAUUACCGUGCACACGGUUCCUUUUGAUACACCAAAAGUAUCAGCAAUCACUUCUUGAAAGCUCCCCGUUGCAAAGAAACGAAGAGCAAUCAUCAUGUGCAUGCUUGCAGGCAGACUCCCUUUCCUUUCGGAAACGUAUUCAAGAUCUGCAGCAAAGGUGUCAAUGAGCUCCAAUAGCUCUC